CACUUUGUUUUGCAAUCACCCAAGACCAAAAGGGCUUUUCUCGCCAUUCUGGAGAAUGGAGAACCUGUAAAGCAACAUGAAAUUCUGUGACUAGUAACAUUUAAAGGGCAAAACUUAAAACACAAGUGUGAUGGCAAUGAUAGAAGAUGCAAACAUGUCAUCUGGGGAGGUAGUUGUGGUGAAGCCUGAUGAAAGAAACAUAGAAGAUCUGAAUAAAACCCAGGUCAUCAUCCAGCUCCAGUCCAAUACUGCACGAGAAGAAUUUGAUGAAACAGUAAUGUCAGGCAUGGGAGCUGAAGAACAUCCAGAAGAGACUGAGGGAGGUGAUGUUGAAAUUGGCUGUCCAAUAACAUGCGGUGACAGAAAAGCAACAUUACUAGUGAAGAAAUUUCUGUGCCCGGGAAUCAAUGUAAAAUGUGUGAAGUAUGACAAUCAGCUGAUCAGUCCCAAGCAGUUUGUACAUAUUUCCGGAAAGGCCACCCUGAAAGACUGGAAACGAGCAAUCCGAAUGGGUGGAGUCAUGCUAAGAAAGAUAAUGGAUUCAGGACAGCUUGACUUCUAUCAACACACAACAUUGUGUACAAACACUUGCCGUAGCACCAAGUUUGACCUGUUAAUCAACAACACACGGUUCCCACCAGACAGCAGUGGACUCUCAUCUUUGUCUUUUCAAGGUCAGGAAUCUUUUGGUCAUGGCAAGACAGUAGGAGACAAUACAACAGAGAGACCAAAAGAAAAGACGGACUGGAGCUCAAGGUCUCCUAAAUCAGUAAACAAGGAAUCUCAUGAUAUAUCAGCGGAUACGCUAAAUUUCUGGAAAGGAAUUGCUGAUGUGGGUUUGCUGGGUGAAGUAGUAACCAAAAUCAGUACUGAGCUCCUGGAUCUGAUGAAAAGCUUGCAUUUACUGAAGGAAUCCGUUGUAUUGCAGAACACAGAAGUUGCAGUGCUAAGUAACCUUGGCCAGGUGUUUGGACUGCUCAACUCUGUCAAGAAGAUGCUGAUAAAGAGGAGGCAGCAAACUGAUCCCAGCCAGGAGCAAAUACUUAGCAUUCUUUGCAAAUUAGAGUUGCAGUUGGCAGAACAGCGAAAGCAGCAACAGAUUCAAGCUCUCCUGUCAUGUCCACACCCAGCCAAAACUAUUACUACCGUCAAACGGCAGACAAAGCGACCUCGGUUGCAGAGGCCUGUUAAGACUAAUACACUCCUGAUCUCCAGCGUUAACCAUCAGCCUUCCCUGACACCUCAACUGUUCACCAUUAUGUCCCCAAUCUCAUUGUCCUCCUUUGGUCAGCCAUUUCCUGUGGCAAGCCUGCCAAUCACGUCCCUAGCCCAGUCAUCAAACUCUGUCUCUCUGCUCCCCACCGGCUCACAGCUCUUCACACGAUACAUAGUGACCGAAGAUGGAAAAGCUGACAGCAUUACCUUGCACACAUCUUCCAACCUCACAUUGGUGAAUACUACUCCCAUGCAUGACUCAAGCCAGUUUGGUUCAAUGAUAAAACCUGUAGAACUGUUAAACCUUAGCCAGCCAGAUGUGUCUGCAGAAGGAGGACCCAUACAGGCACAAGUGCUGGAUGGCGCCAUGUUGGUACAACAGGAGUCAAUGCAGAGAGAGGUAGAAGUCAGCCAAGAUCACACAGUCAUCGAGAUCAACCCACAUUCAGUCGAAUGUGUUGGAGUCAUGGUACAACACCAGACUGGCGAGACAGCUAGACAGGCAGGUAUGGUUGAGCAGAGGAUGGAGGUCACUUUUACAAAAGAGCAUGAGGCACAGGAAUGUCAAGUACAGGAGCUGGCGGUCCGUGCCAAUGGACAUGUACCUGCUGUACAGAUUGCUGUGCUAAAAGACAAUGUUCAGGAAGAAAAAUAACCCAGUUAACUCAGACCCACUUAUCCAUCACUGUUAGGUUUGGAAAAACUGGAUAACCAUUGAAGAACUUAAAUAUUUUAGCUGAAUUUAAAUCAACUAAAAAUGUAUUCAUUAUACUUUUUUUCAGCUAUUGUCGCACAUGCUUCUCACGACUUCACAUUUGACUUCUUAUCCAAGAAAUAAAGGACUUACUUCUUCAUCUAUAUUUUUUUCCGUUUUAUAUUUUGCCCUGCAGUUUUUAUCCUUAAAUUAUGCCUUUCAUACAUUAUCAAGAAAUCAAUGAAGUUAGUAGCACUAAUUGAAGUGGGAAGGAGCAUCAUGAAAUAUACAAUGUGUCUGAGGUGCCUUAAUAGGUUAAACCAGACAAAUGCAACCCCAAAGACAUUCCCUUCUCAUUUAUCUUCCAUACACAUUCAUACACACACUUGUACAGUAUAGUCAUCGUAGGUGCAUGUCCACUGUGAGAGAGAGAGAGAGAUAAUCUAAAAAGAAAAAUCCAGAAAUUACAAUAAAUGAUCACCCAACGCCAAAGGUAAUAGGAAAAUACUUUUUAUUAUUAUUUACAUAAUGUAUUUUGCUUAUUUUUGGAAGUGUGUCUGUGGGGACAGUGUGUUUCCAUGUGGCUUGGAACAGAUUAGGCGAUUGACAUGUAAAAUGCACUUCUACUGACAAAAAAUUAACGUUAUGAAAUGACUUCUGGAACAGAUAUGUUUCGUAAGUAGAGGU